GCAAGGAAUAAAGUCAUGAAGGUUAAGUUUCAAAAGUUCUAACUGGAACUGACACGAUUGAUUUGGAAAAGACCAAAGAAGCCAUAAUACACAACUUAAGUAAUGAAUAACGACGAACAUGAUGAAGUUAAACCAAGUGUAUGUGAGUUAUGUGAUAAGUGCUUUUAUGACAGCACUGAACUUGACAAACAUUACAAUGAACAUACACUAGAUUCUACAGAAUAUAAUGUAGAAAAUCAUACUACAAAACCAGAAUCAUUGUAUAGAUGUGGAAUUUGUGGCCAGAAUUUCAAUAGUGGUGAAGAAUUAUCAGAUCAUUCAGUAACACAUAUUCCAGAUGAAAUCUAUACUUGUGAUAUAUGUAACAAGCCGUUCCUGACCAAAGAGGAUAUUAGUGAUCAUUACAACACAGCUCAUGAUAACGAUAAACCUUAUAAAUGUGAGAUAUGUGGCAAAGGUUUUAUCCUCACUAAAACUUUAGAAAAACACAGGCAAAUACAUAUCACUGGUAAACCUUAUAGAUGUUCAGAAUGUGGCAAAGGAUUUACUGAAAAUGGAGCAUUGCAGAGUCAUUUGAAAAUUCAUUCAGGAGAAAAACCAUAUAAAUGUCAGGUGUGUGGAAAGGCUUUCCGUGAAAGUGGCACUCUAGUCAUACACACACGCAUACAUACUGGGGACAAACCUUAUAAGUGUGAUCUGUGUGAAAGGGGGUUCGUGACCAGUAGCAGUCUUAAGGCUCAUAAAGAAACACACACUGGAAUCCGGUCACAUAAAUGUGAAUAUUGUGGACUGAAAUUUAGACAGAGAGCUGGUUUAAAGAUUCAUUUGCCAAAACACACUGGGGAAUAUCUUUAUCGUUGUGAUGUUUGUGGUAAAGGCUUUGCCCUGAAAGGUAGCUUUAACAUUCAUAUGAAUAUGCAUAAGGGAGCUCUGAUUUACAAAUGUGACCAGUGUGACAAAGCAUAUGCUGCUAAACAUAUGCUUAAACUUCACCAACAUAUGCACACUGGGGAAUUCCCAUAUAAGUGUAAUCUGUGUGGAAAAGGUUUCCUCGGUAAAGGAAAUCUAACAUGCCAUCUACGUAUACACAGUGGUGAGAAACCUUUCAAAUGUGAAUUUUGUCCAAAAGCCUUUGCCAUCAGUGGUAACCUACAGCAGCAUGUCAAGAUUCAUACCCGUGAAAUGAUGUUUAAAUGUGACAUCUGUUCUCAUGAGUUUGUCACAAGUGUAUCAUUACGUAAACAUGUGCGUGUUCACACUGGUGAAAAGCCUUUCAGAUGUGAGAUCUGUGGAAAAAUGUUUGCACAAAAUGCAAAUCUUAAAAGACACAAAAUUAUACACACCGGAGAAAAAGAAUAUAAAUGUGACAUCUGUCAUAUGGAAUUUAAUAUGCCAACAAAUUUAUACAGACACAAACGUGUGCAUUCAGAAGAGCGCAAAUACGAAUGUACCUUUUGUGAUAAAGCAUUCAAAAGUAAUGGUAACCUUCAGCGCCAUAUUAGAAUUCAUACAGGGGUUAAACCUUUUCAGUGUAAUACAUGUGGAAGACAGUUUGGUCACAGUGAAAGUCUACAGCGCCAUACAAGAACCCAUACAGGUGACAAACCGUAUAAAUGUGACACUUGUGGUAAAUGCUUUGCUGAUAAUGGUUGUUUGGCCAGACAUAAAUCCGUCCAUGAUCCAGGAGGCAAGAAAUAUAAAUGUGAUAUUUGUCAUAGAUACUUUGUUCUUAACUCUAGUAUGAAGAGACACAAAAAAGAAGUCCAUGGUGUAGCUGAUGACAAUAAUUCUAGUCUAGACGAUCAAACAUCAAAUGGUAUCAGUUAUAACAGUGAUGCUACUACAGAAGAUGAAAAUGAAGAAGAUAUUCACAAAUACAGUUCUAAAAAGACUUUGAAUUUUGUAGAUAAUUCUGUUAAAGUUGAAGCUGGUAAUCAUGAUAGUGAGCAAUGUGAUUGAUGUUAUUCAAUAUAGAUGACUAUUAUAAGUAUAUAUUAUAAAUUGUUUUCAGCAUAUAUCAUGUAUAUAUAUUAAAUUAUUUAUUUAUUCAUUAUCAAGAACUAUAACAUUAAAGUUGCACAAAUUUAUUUGUUGUAACAGCACCUUGAAGUUAAAUGAAUGAUUCGAAGUUUAAGGUGUUAAUUCAUUCUAUAUACAUUGUACAUUCUGAACAGUUUGAAGUUAAAUUUAAAAUACACAAGGUAAAAAAAACCAUGCGAUGGUUCUGUUACUCUUUUCAUGUUUUAUUUUUUCUUUCUGCUAAAUUGAUACAUGUACAUACAGUCAGGGGUACUACUUGUACAAGUAAUCUUUAUUUACUUGAAGAAGUAAAUAAAAUAUACUUAUACAAGUUAAAUAUAUUGUUUGAAUAAUCUCCCCUUAAUUUUCUAAAAAAAUUUACUUGUAUAAGUAAAUUUUUUUUACAAUCCCACAAAAAUUCUCAAGUUUUGAGAUGUAAAAUCAUGCCUUUAACAAUUUUUCUCAGGUUAGCUCAUAAUUUUUGAUAAGAGUUCAAGGUUUCAUCUCAUUAAUUCAACAAAGAAACUGAUUGAGCAAAGGUCUUAAGUAUUUGCGCAAGGCCUUCAAAAAUUGCUCCUUGGGGACUUGUAAAUGAGCAGUGUUCUUAAGAUACAUAACAGACAAAUGAGAUUUUCAUUGUCCAUGAAAUAACACUUUAAUGAAUAUUAAAGACAUCUUCAAAGGACAGACAAUUCAAAAUUCUGUUAGAGCAAAGAAGUUCUAAGAAUUCAAGAAAAGAAGAUAGGAUGACUUUUUUACUUGUAUAAGCUGAUAAGUAAAAAAGUCUGAAUGUCUAAGGGACCUAACUAGGCCAAAAAAUUAUUUAAUUAUACAAGUAAAUAAAAUACCGGUACACUUGUAUGUAUCCUACAAAUUUACUUAUAUAAGUACCGGGUAUAUUAUAAUUACUUCUUCAAGUAAAUAAAAAUUACUCGUACAAGUAGUACCCCUGACUGACAUAUUUGUUGAUAAACAUGUUAAAUAUAUCAUGGUUACUAAAUAACACUGCUAACUUACUAAACAUCUUGCACAAACUGCAUUUUUAGAAUGAUUAUAUACAUAUAUAUAUUUAAAUUAACAGGCAAUCAACAUGCAGGAUUUGUAUAAAUUACAUACUUUUUACAAAUCCCGCAGGUAUAAUACAUGUGCAGUUUAAAGGAAAAAAGGAUAUACUUUUUACAAAUCCUGCAUGUUGAUUGCCUGUCAGAUUCUGUCUUUUUUUGACAAAGUCGAAAAAGUGAGACUUAGUCAUGCUUUUCUGUCAGCUUGGUGUCAACAAUGUAUUAGUUUGUGAUUAUGUCAGUUUCUUGAGAACCACUAGUGGUAGGUCAAUGAUAUUGGUAUGUACUAUGCGGUUGUAUUAGCAUUGGCAUAUCUCAUUUACAUGGAGAUUAUUUGACCCUGUCCCUCAGUCACGGUCUAUUGAAUUUGAAACUUUUGCUUGGUUUUAAAAAAAUGUAUUAGUUUGUGAUAAGGACAGUUUGACAAUGUUUGAGGGGAACCUUUAGUGGUAGGUCAAUGAUAUUUGGUUUGCAGAUAUAUAAGCAUUGGCACAUCUCAUUUCCAUGGAAAUUAAUAGGAUCUGCCCCCUCAGUCAUGGUCUAUUGACUUUGUAUGUUUUGCUUAGAUUACAUCAGUUUAAAAUGAACCACUAAUGUUAAAUCAAUGAUAUUUGGUAUGCAGUGGUAUAAGCAUUUGCAAGUCUCAUAUCCAUGGAGAUUAUGUGGUCCAGCACCUUCAGUCAUGGUUCAUUGACUUUGAAUGUUUUGCAUAGUUUACAUAGGUAAAUUUUUAACAUUUGCCUUAUCAUGCUUAUACUAUCUAAAUAACAACAUAGCAAGACAUAUCUCUGCGUCAAUAUUUUAACAAAAUAUUUAUUCAGAGUUUGAACCGUAUCCUUAUAUAAUCUUUAUCCAUUCAUGAGCACGUGUGUAAGUGUCCUUAAUUGAAGCCAGUGCUUGCAAAGCCUUGCACAACAUGUUGCAAGUAUUACUUUCUAGAUUGUUAAAAAUACAGAUAUUGAUUCUUUUCAUCAAACAUGUCAAACAAGAGUUGUUUCCCAUUUGUGAAGGAUUUAUAUUCUUCAGUCACUGUAUAAUUGCUGUUGGAUUUCGUGAUUUAAUUAUGUGCUAAUCAUGCUAAUAGGGGGAAAUUAGUGAUUUGAGAUAAAUUAUAAAAGAAUAACAAAUGGUAUUCAUACUGUCAUCAAGUGCAUCUGAAUUCUGGUUAUGAACUAGAUAUAGAGCAUUAUCGCUAUUUGGAGUAUUUUUCCUUUGAUCUUUUUUAUGAUAAUUUUUCAUAUAAUGCUACUCGCUUGAGAUAGAAAAUUAUCACUAGAAACCAUUGGCGCACAUGCAGUUAUCAAUGUAAACAUCAACGACGUCAUAGGCAAGAUAGUGAUAAACAGAUAAUCAAUUAUCUUUCAAACUCAUGGAUGUUUCUCUGCCAUAUCUCAUGUCAGGGCUGUUGCCCUUCAAUGAGAUUGAAGCUGAGAAUUCGAAACACCCUCUCAUUUGAAAAACCAUUGAUAAUCUGUAAUUAAUGCACAACUGAAGGCUAAAUAAAUUUAGGGAAAAGAAAAUGUCAAAAGUUUCUGUAUAAACUACAUGUACAUGUACAAAAUAAUAAUUGUAUAUUAUUUAUGAUUAUUGUUAAAUUAUUCUUAUACAUAUUUGUUGUAUGUGCUCAUAUUUAUUGUUAGAACAAAGGAAUAUUGAACUUGUUGAUUGUAGUCAUUGUUACAAAUGUAGAGUAUGAGAUUGGAUCUUAUAUUAGAUAUGCAUUUUAUUAGAACCACAUGCAGUGAAAAUAUUUUAUUUACAUUUUUUUUAUAUGCUGGAAAUUUUAUGGGUCAUACCUGUGUGUAGAUUUGUUAAUUAAUUUUUUAGGUGAAGCUGAUUUGUAUAUGUAUAUUAGUGUUUCUAAAUUUGUUUUCAUGAAUGCAAAGUUGUGUGUUUUAGAUUGUUUAGUAAAAUAUGUUCUGUUGCUAGAUAAAACUGGUUAAAUAAUCACUGCAGCCUGCAAGGCUCCUUUAAAUGAUUAUUUUUUUCUGAGUCUACUGUUUAGUUUAUAUUAAGGGACUUUAAUUUGUUACUUUUUAAUUGGAGCAUUAUUUAUUCAUUAAAAACAAACUGCUUUUAAACAUGCAUGUUCUAAAAUGUUUUUAAACAUUUAAUUGUAUUUUGAUAUUUACACAUUAACCUGUUAUCUUUCAUGACUCUUUGUACAAUAUACAUGAUAAAUGACUCAUUCAAAUUCAAACAACAAGUUUUGAGAAGUAUUCAUAAAUGAUACUUGUAUCCAUGGUAUCAUAAUAUACACGAAAGAACAUUAGCAAUGCACAACUUCUAUCCAACAACAAUCAUGACAAUGUUUAUUUAAUUUUCAUGUUUUUACUCAAUUGUUAAAACUUUUUAAACAGUGAAAAAAAUUAAACAUUCCUGGUAAUUAAUUGAGAUAUAAUGGAGGUAUCUACCUUCUAUAAUGUCUGUUUGCAUGUGAUAUGUUGACAUUUCCAUUAAAAAAUCGAAAAUCAAAAGAAUCUGAUUUGUCAAUUCUUACAAUAUGUGUUCAGUAGAUAUCAGAAAAACCUUCUUCUUUUUAGCUCACCGGGGCCCGAAGGGCCCCAUGUGAGCUUAUGCCAUCACUUGUCGUCCGUCGUCGUAAACUAUUUCAAAAAUCUUCUCCUCUGAAACUACUGGGCCAAAUACCUUCAAACUUUAACUAAAUGUUCCUUAGGGUAUCUAGUUUAAAAAUUGUAUCCGAAAUUUUGAUCCAUCGACAAACAUGGCCGCCAUGGCUAAAAAUAGAACAUAGGGGUCAAAUGCAGUUUUUGGCUUAUAUCUCAAAAACUAAAGCUUUUAGAGUAAAUCUGACUUGGGGUAAAAUUGUUCAAUUGGUCAAGAUCUAUCAGCUUUGAAAUUUUCAGAAGAAUCGAACAACCCAUUGUUGGGUUGCUGCCACCGAAUUGGUAGUUUUAACAAAAUUUUGCAGUUUUUAUUUGUUAUUAUUUUGAAUAUUAUUAUAGAUAUAUAUAAACUGUAAGCAGCAAUAAUGUUCAGCAAAGUAAGAUCUACAAAAAAGUUAAUCUGACCAUAAUUGUCAAUUGACCCCUUAAGGAGUUAUUGCCCUUUAAAGACAAUUUUACACAAUUUGUUCAUCAAGUUUGCUAACAUUUAAAAAUCUUCUCCUCUGAAACUACUGGGCCAAUUACCUUCAAACUUUAACUAAAUGUUCCUUAGGGUAUCUUGCUUAUAAAUUGUAUCCGAAGUUUGUAUCCAUCGACAAACAUGGCUGCCAUGGCUAAAAAUAGAACAUAAGGGUCAAAUGCAGUUUUUGGCUUAUAUCUCAAAAACUAAAUCUUUUAGAGCAAAUGCGACAUGGGGUAAAAUUUAAUUGGUCAAGAUCUAUCGGCCCUGAAAUUAUCAGACGAAUCGAACAACCCAUUGUUGGGUUGCUGCCACCGAAUUGGUAGUUUUAACAAAAUUUUGCAGUUUUUUGUUAUUAUUUUGAAUAUUAUUAUAGAUAUAUAUAAACUGUAAGCAGCAAUAAUGUUCAGUAAAGUAAGAUCUACAAAAAAGUUAAUCUGACCAAAAUUGUCAAUUGACCCCUUAAGGAGUUAUUGCCCUUUAAAGACAAUUUUACACAAUUUGUUCAUCAAGUUUGCUAACAUUUAAAAAUCUUCUCUUCUGAAAUACAGGUGAGCGAAUCAGGCUCUUGAGAGCCUCUUGUUUUUUGUAUCUUUCUAUAGAUUUUUGCAAAUUGUAAUAUUAAAUUUGUCAGAAAUUUAUGAAUUUAUAGUCUUUGUCUACUUUGAUAUAAAAAACAAUUUUUCUAAAUUUCUUACCAAUCUUAUCAUUGGAUUAAAAGAAAUAUAUGCCUUUUGUUACGUUGCCAACACAAAAAUUAAAGGUGAUGGUUUGCUUAUUUUGUUGUUCAGUUUAUAAUGUAUAAGUAAUAUUUCUGUUUGUUGCUUGUAGUGAUUGUUACUAGUUCCCACAAAACUACUUUACCAGCCCAUGGAAUAUACAUUUACCUGUACAAGUGUCAAUGAAGAAAUUUUCUAGAUAUAUAAUGUUGUAUAUAAUUAAUGUCAUUGCAUUCUACAGUGAGCUAAUUAACUUAUAAAAAUCUUUAUUUAUUUUUUUUGCCAGAAAAUGUGAAAUAACUACUAAACUUUAUAGGUUGCACUUUGUAAAUACAGCUGUUUCACAAGCCACGCCUCUUUUGGGGAGAUAUAUAAUAUUCAUAGAUAUGUUAAUUUGUUAACGUACUGGUUCCCAGAUAUGAUCUCUGUGUUUCAUUUCAUAGAGACAUAACUUGGGAAUGUUACCAGUAUAGAAAAACAUGGUAGCGCCUAAAAUUUAAUUCUUAGGAGGUCCAAAAGCGGAGGUAGGGGUAAUAUAGAAUUUUAGUAUAAGUUUAAAAUCUUAGAAGUUCAGGGCAUAUAAAUGUUGAAAAUAUGCCGCACAGCCCUAUAUUUUGACCUUUGAAUAAAAUAGUAGUGCAUAUCAACUUUCCGUUCUGGGAUAUAAUUUUUCAGUAAACUUCAUAGUGAAAGUGGCACAGUUUUAGCCGCAAAGGGAGUUCUUAUGGGAAAUUGCAUUGUCUAUAUUUACAGAAUUGCAACCUAUAAUCAAUAAUGUCUCAUUUCGGGUAUUCCAAUCUCAGUAAAGAAAGUAAUUACAAGUAUAAGGAAUUCAAAUCUGAACAAAAGUAAAUGUUUAAAUUAAAAAAAAAAUUAAUAUGAUGCAUAUUUUCUUGAAAGCCUCAACAGUUAUUAAGUACAAAUGUAUGCAUAUGAUCAAUAAAAUACAGAAUUUGUAAAUGAUGCGUAUAUCUUUUAGGAGUUGCAAAUAUAUACAUGAAUGGUCUCUCAUAUGGGAAAUUCAUUGUAAGGAAGAUUAUUUUUUAUGAAAAUGGAGACUGGUUUGGGAUUAUAACUUUUUUAUGCCCCGGCCGUAGCGGAGGGGGCAUUAAGUUUUACCCUGGUCCGUCUGUACGUACGUUUCAAAAUUGGUUUCUGUUCUCUAACUUUAGUUUGCCUCAACCAAAUGUUAUGAAACUUAUACACAAUGCUUAUUACCACAAAACACAGAUCAAGUUUGAAUUUUGGUGGCAUCACUUUAACCCUUCUAGAGUUAUGCCCCUUUACAAAUAGAAAAAUUGCUAAAUAUUUUGUUUCCGUUCUCUAACUUCAGUUUGCUUCAACCAAAUGUUAUGAAACUUAGACACAAUGCUUACUACCACAAAACACAAUUCAAGUUUGAAUUUUAGUGUCGUCACUUUUACCGUUCUAGAGUUAUGCUCCUUUAGAAAUGGAAAAAUUGCUGAAUUUUUCGUUUCCUUUCUUUAACUUUAGUUUGCCUCAACCAAAUAUUAUGAAACUUAUACACAAUGCUUAUAACCACAAAACACAGAUCAAGUUUGAAUUUUGGUGGCGUCACUUUUGCCGUUCUAGAGUUAUGCCCCUCUACAGAUGGAAAAAUUGCUGAAUUUUUCGUUUCUAUUCUCUUACUUUAGUUUGCCUCAACCAAAUGUUUUGAAACUUAUACACAAUGCUAAUUACCACAAAACACAGAUCAAGUUCGAAUUUUGGUGGCGUCACUUUUGCUGUUCUAGAGUUAUGCCCUCUUUGUUUCCAUUCUCUUACUUUAGUUUGCCUCUACCAAAUGUUAUGAAACUUAUACACAAUGCUAAUUACCACAAAACACAGAUCAAGUACAAAUUUGGGUCGUGUCACUUUUACAGUUCCUGAGUUAUAUCCCUGAAUAACAUUAUAUGCAAGCAGGGGCAUCAUCUGUGUCCCAUGGACUCAUUCCCCAUUUAUUUAAAGUUUAUUUUGAAAGAAAAUAGUUUGAAUUUUAAAUAAGAAACUCAUUUUAUUUAGAAAUACAAGCUACUGGUUUAAAGCAUUAAUAAAAUCAUGUUUGCAAAUGAUGAAAAAAUGUUUUGCUCAAAAAAAUUGUCUUUUUUUCAGCUUUCUUCAUUUUAAACUACAAGUCUAAGCUUUGGUUUUUCAAUGUUCAUAUGAAAUUUGAUGGGGAGAUUUCCUUCAAAGAUUCCCAAUCAUUUUUUGGAUUUAUACUGAAGUAUUUAUUGAUGAUUGACACAUGAUUGAUUAGACAAUUAUCCUUUAAAAUUUAUUUUUUUUUCCAAAUAAAAGUUAAAGGUUAAAACAAUCCUGUAUAAUGUAUAUUAUAAAUAUCAAUAAAGUGUUUUGAUAUUUAUUUAUUGAUUUGUAGGUCAAGUAAGUUCACAAAGACAUUUAUUUAUAUUAAUCAUGGAAGGAUGUUGUUAAUGUGUGUAAAGCUUUACAUGUAUGUGAUUGUUAUAAAGAAUUUAUAUAGAACUAUUAAAAUAUGUUCAAAUACAA